AUGCCUGAGCCGGUCAAAAAAGCAGUUUCAGCAUUUACGAAGAAACCAAAGAGUCAGGAGGCGGAGGAGGGGUCCUCUGCGGUCUUUGAAGCUCAAACAGAGAAGCCUGACGCUAAAGUAAAGUGGCAGUGCAACUCAAAGGACAUCGCCAGCAGUGACAAAUGUGUGAUCACAGCCGAUGGAAACAAGCACUCGCUCACCAUAAAAGCCGUCACCAAGGAAGAUGCCAACGUCUACGCGGUGAUUGCUGGGGGGUCAAAGGUCAAGUUCGAUCUGAAGGUCGCACCAAAGCCAGAAGCUCCAGUUGGAGCCCCCGCUGAUGGACCCGGGGAGUCCAGUGUAAAACCAGAACAGACCCCUGCUGAAGCACCUGCAGCAGCACCCACGGAGGACCAGAACCCCACUGAGCCACCUGCAGCAGCACCCAUGGAUGACCAGACCCCCUCUGAGCCACCUGCAGCAGCACCCACAGAGGACCAAACCCCCUCUGAGACACCUGCAGCAGCACCCACAGAGGACCAGACCGCCGCCCCAGCACCCAAUGCUCCCCCAGCUGAGGAGGCUCAGCCUCCAGACACCAGACAGGACCUAACCGGACUCUUCACGGAGAGACCUCAGAGUGGAGAGGUCACUAUUGGUGAAAACAUCACGUUUGUGGCCAAAGUGAAUGCCGAAUCACUGCUGAAGAAACCCACCAUCAAAUGGUUCAAAGGGAAGUGGAUGGACCUCGCCAGCAAGUCUGGGAAACACCUCCAGCUCAAGGAAACGUAUGACCGCCCCAGCAAGGUGUAUACAUUUGAGAUGCAGAUCAUCGAAGCCAAGAAUAACUUCGCUGGAGCUUACAGGUGUGAGGUUUCGUCUAGGGACAAGUUUGACAGCUGUAACUUUGAGUUGGCUGUACAUGAGGCCAGUGCUGCUGAAGGUUUUGACAUAAGAGCAGCUUUCAGGCGCACGAGUGAAGCCAGUAAGAAGAAAGGUGGACCACAUUCAAGUAGUACAGAUGGAAAAGAGGACUCAGGAGAGCUGGACUUCAGUACCUUAUUAAAAAAGAGAGACAGUUUCUUAAAAUCCUCAAAUCGAGCCGUGCAUGUGAGCAACGAGCCCGACUUGGAUGUGUGGGAUAUUCUCAGCAAAGCUCCUUCCUCAGAAUUUGAGAAGAUUGCGUUUCAGCAUGGCAUCACUGACCUGAGGGGUAUGCUGAAGAGACUGAAGAAGAUGAAGAAGGAGGAGAAGAAGAGUGAAGUUUUCCAGAAAAAGCUGGAUCCUGCUUACCAGGUGACAAAGGGACAUAAGAUAAAAAUGGAAGUGGAGGUUGCCAAUGAAGACGUGGAGGUGAAAUGGCUUAAAAACGGACAAGAAAUUCAACCAACUGGAAGCAAGUACAUCUUCGAGAGUGUUGGAAACAUGCGUUACCUCACCAUCAACCACUGCUCCCUGGCCGACGAUGCAGCGUACAGCUGUGUGGUGGGAGAGGAGAAGUGCACCACUGAGCUCUUUGUCAAAGAGCCGCCAGUCCUGAUUGUGAAGAAUCUGGAGGAUCAGAUGGUGAUGAAGGGGGAGCGUGUGGAGCUGGAGUGUGAAGUCUCAGAGGAAGGAGCCAACGUCAAAUGGGAGAAAGACGGUGUGGAACUAACAAGGGAUGAGUCAUUCAAGUAUCGCUUUAAAAAGGAUGGCUGCAAACAUGUCCUGAUCAUCAACGAGGCCACGAAGGAGGACUGCGGUCACUACAAGGUCAAAACAAAUGGCGGCGAGUCGAUGGCUGAACUCCUGGUGCAGGAGAAAGACCUGGAGGUGUACCAGAGCAUCGCAGACCUCACUGUGAAAGCGAAGGAUCAGGCGGUCUUUAAGUGCGAGGUGUCUGAUGAGAACGUGAGGGGAACAUGGUACAAGAAUGGCGUAGAAGUCCAGCCCGACGCCAGAAUAAAUAUCAGUCAUAUUGGCAGGAUCCACAAACUGACCAUCGAUGAGGUCAAACCAGAGGAUGAGGGAGACUACACGUUCGUGCCAGACGGACACGCCUUCAACCUGUCUGCUAAACUCAAUUUCUUGGAGGUGAAGAUCGAUUACGUCCCGCGCCAAGAUCCCCCUAAGAUCCACCUGGACUGUAUGGGUCGCACUACUGAGUCAACCAUUGUGGUGGUGGCUGGAAACAAACUGCGCCUGGACGUCCCAAUCACUGGAGAUCCGGCUCCCACGGUGGUGUGGACCAAAGGAGAGAAGGCUAGUUCUGUAAAACCUGCCGGAGAAGAGAAAGAAGGGAAGACUUCCUCUUGGACCCUGAACGAUGGGGACGUGGUCACUGAGGGAGAUGGCAGGCUCCAUGUAGAGACCACUAAAGGACACUGCAUCUUCACCAUCGAGGGGGCCGAGAGGCAGGAUGAGGGGAUCUACUCUGUCGUGGUUCGAAACCCUGCUGGAGAGGACACCGCUGAUAUUAACGUGAAAGUAGUUGAUGUUCCUGAUCCUCCACAGGAUGUGAAAAUCCUCAGUGUGGGAGAAGACUCCUGCACUGUGCAGUGGGCUCCUCCUUCGUUUGACGGUGGCCAACCAAUUAUCGGUUAUGUGAUGGAGAGGAAGAAGGUAAAGAGCUACAGGUGGAUGAGGCUGAACUUUGACCCUUUUCCUGACACAACCUACGAAGCCAAGCGAAUGAUCGAAGGAGUGACGUACGAGAUGCGAGUCUAUGCCGUUAACAGCAUCGGCAUGUCUCGCCACAGUCCGGCCUCGCAGCCUUUCGUGCCGGUCGCUCCUACGAGUGAACCCAUCGGACUGUGCGUGGAGGACAUCAGCGACACUUCCAUCUCUCUGAAGUGGCGUCGGCCUGAGAGGAUCGGCUCGUCUGAUCUCGAGGGCUACGGGGUCGAGUACUGCAAGGAAGGCACGGACGAAUGGAUCCCAGCCAUGGAGGGUCUGACCGACCGGACAGCUUUGGUCGUCAGAGGCCUCACCACGGGAGACAAGCUGCAGUUCCGUGUGCGAGCCUACAACAUGGCCGGUCCCAGCAGUCCUGCCACCCUGGCUCAACCCGUCACCAUCAGAGAGAUAAUGCAACGUCCUAAAAUUUGGCUCCCAAGAACCCUACGCCAGACACUCAUCAAGAAAGUUGGAGACACUGUGAACCUUGUUAUUCCCUUCCAGGGUAAACCCAGACCAAAGGUCUCAUGGAGCAAAGACGGGGAGCCUCUCAGCCCAACGUUUGCCAGCGUGAGGAACAGCGAGGUGGAUACAAUCCUCUUCAUCCGUAAGACAGAAAGGAUACACUCGGGGAAGUAUGACCUCCAGGUGGAGAUUGAGAACGUGGAAGACACAGCGAGUAUCACGCUGCAGAUUGUUGAUCUCCCCGGGCCCCCUGAGGGUCUGAAGAUCGCGGAUGUGUGGGGUUUCAAUGUUGCACUCGAGUGGAAGCCGCCUAAGGACAAUGGAAACUGUGACAUAUCUGGAUACAGCAUUCAGAAAGCUGAUAAGAAGACUAUGGAGUGGUACACAGUCUUGGAUCAUUACAGGCGAACAAACUGCGUGGUGUCUGACCUCAUCAUGGGGAAUGAGUAUGUCUUCAGAGCCGUCGCCAUCAACCUGGUGGGCCUCAGCCCCGACCCCUGCGUCACCAAAGACAGCGCCUACAUCCAGAAAACAGGUAUCGCCUACAAGCCGCCAAACCACAAAGACCACGACUUCUCAGAGGCUCCAAAGUUCACUCAUCCUCUGGUGAACCGGUCCAUCAUCGCGGGAUACAAUACCACGCUCACCUGCUCAGUCAGAGGCAUACCAAAGCCCAAAGUGACCUGGUACAAGAACAAGAUGGACAUCUCCAACGAAGCCAAGUUUCGCAUGCUUAGCAAACAGGGAAUCCUGACGCUGGAGAUCCGUAAACCCUGUCUGUUCGACGGAGGAGUGUACAUGUGCAAAGCCGUCAACGCCAGCGGAGAGGACAUCGUGGAGUGUAAGCUGGAGGUCCGCCCUCAAAUUGCCAAAGAAGAAAAGAAAGACGAUAAGAAGUGAGAGGUUCAAGCCACAGAGUGGAGUGAAGAAGAUUUGUCCCCAGCAGCUUCUGCAUGUCGACUGUUUGCUGUCAGUACAAAGUCUUCACCUGCAACUCAAACUGUGUUUAGCUCACAUUGUUGUAUUUCUUUUAGCACCAUUUUUCCUCCUGCAGAAUCCAGGAUGAUAUUUCAGCAUCGUGUAUAUCACUGGAUUACUAAAGUGACUGUGGCGUAUGCUUGAAGUUGCUGUUAGGGAAAUAUUUAUUUAAUUAGGUAUCAAUUAAAAGGAAUAAUUCAAUCCCUCUGUACUACAUCUGAAUGUAAUGGAUUAUAAUGUCAAGUAAAGUCAAAGAAAGUGAAAGUCA